GUUGUGAAAACUUGUUGUCUGUUUGUCGUCGCCUGUCAUCGACUGUCAUCACACGCGCGGAUCAAUUGACCGGUGAUUUGUGACAAUGGGUUUGUUUAAGCAAAGCUCACUCAGUGUCCGACUCAUACGUAUGGGCUGUAAGAACCGGCCUUUCUAUCAGUUGGGAGCGCUUCCCACCCGAAGAAGACCUAACUUAUUGCCCGACGAAGUGAUCGGAAACGUUGAUCCCAUUCCCAACCAUAACAAUGAGAUCAUCGCAAGCGUCGACUUAAGACGACUCGCCUAUUGGACCGGAAAGCGUGUCAUCUUUAGUAAUGGCGCGAAGAGUAUACUGGGAAUGGCCGGUUGGCUCCCAAUCCCUCCUAAAGUCUAUAUAAAAGCCUUAGAAAAUCGAGAGAAGGAAAGAUCCGAACCGUUGGAGAAAUCGGGUGAUAAGGAGGACAAUGAGGAUGAGUUUGUCAUAGAAAAGGUGUUGACUGAGAAACGCAUUGUUUAAUCACUCACUUCUCCACAUUUCA